GCCAAAGCGUCCAUCAUUUGACCGACAACAUCCUCAUCGCCUUCUCUUCCACCACUUCAUCCGUAUUCGUGGUCUCAGUCGUAGUGCGCAGGUCCGCCACCGCUCCUCCCGCUACCACUCCCGCCCACUCUUUCAAUUCACGUUCUGCCCUCACGACCAAAUCCCUCUAUCAUGGCCUACCCAGAGCCAAGCUCCCCCAGCGGCAUGUCUCGCCGCCUCACGAACAGGAACACCAAUCGGUAUAGCGUUACCGCACUCUUCAGCAUGGCUGCAGAGCAGGAUGUUGAAGUCGAGGAUGACCUGGCUCGUGCUCAGAAACGCCUGCGGGAUCUGAAGGGAAAGAUUUCUGCUCAGUCAAAGAAGAACUUUGUGCUUGAGCGUGAUGUUCGUUACCUUGAUUCUCGUAUCGCCCUUCUCAUUCAGAAUCGCAUGGCUCUCGACGAGCAACGCGAAGUUGAACGCACUCUCGAAGACGUCGAUCCCACUGAGGGCCAUUUCCCCGACGACCGCAAGCUACAACAAUACUCCAACCUUUUCUUCUUGUUGCAGGCCGAGCCGCGCCACAUCGCGUCGCUUUGCCGGUUGGUCAGUCUCUCCGAAAUCGACACCCUCCUCCAAACGGUCAUGUUCACCCUUUACGGAAACCAAUACGAAAGCCGAGAAGAGCACCUUCUCCUCACGAUGUUCCAGUCCGUGCUUUCCGCCCAAUUCGAGACUGCCACGGAUUUUGGGUCGCUCCUCCGUGCAAAUACCCCCGUAUCUCGAAUGAUGACGACUUAUACCCGCCGCGGCCCUGGCCAGAGCUACCUGAAGAGCGUUCUGGCAGAGCGCAUCAACAGUUUGAUUGAGCACAAGGACCUCAAUCUUGAAAUCAAUCCUGUCAAGGUGUACGAACAAUUGGUGAACCAGAUCGAGGAGGAGACUGGCCAGUUGCCCCCCAACCUGCCCCGAGGCGUUCCGCCAGAAGUUGCUGCUGAGAAUCCUGAUGUCCAGGCCUUCAUUGCGCCUCGACUCACCAUGCUCAUGGAGAUCGCCAACAGUUUCCUGGUCACCAUCAUCGAGAGCAUGGAGAGUGUCCCGUACGGUAUCCGAUGGAUAUGCAAACAGAUUCGAAGUCUAACUCGGAGAAAAUACCCUGAAGCCACGGACUACGCUAUUUGUUCGCUUAUUGGUGGAUUCUUCUUCCUUCGGUUCAUCAAUCCUGCGAUCGUGACGCCGCAGGCCUACAUGUUGGUGGAUGGUGUUCCGGCAAAGCAUCCUAGGCGAACACUUACUCUCAUCGCCAAGAUGCUUCAGAAUCUGGCUAACAAGCCCUCUUAUGCGAAGGAGGCCUACAUGAUCACACUGAAUCCGUUCGUAGAGAACAACAAGGCGAGGAUCAACCAGUUCCUGAACAGCCUUUGCGAGGUUGGCGACUUUUACGAAACGCUUGAGAUGGAUCAGUACAUGGCCCUGUCCAAGAAGGAUCUGGUCAUUCACAUUUCACUCAACGAACUGUAUAACACUCAUUCUCUCAUCCUGCAACACAUCGAAACUCUGUCUCCGAAUGACAAACAACACCUUCGUGUCCUGACUGACGAACUUGGAGCUGCCCCUGCUCAGGUCCCCCGCAAAGAGAACAGGUCGAUAGAGCUCAACCUUUAUAGCCGUUGGGAGACGCCAGUUCAAGAUAUUCAGAGCGCCCUGAUGGACUCGGUCUCUUCCAGCGACAUGCUGUACAUGGAGACCAAGUCCAUAUUCGUGCAGAUCAUCCGAUCUAUCCCGAGUGCGGCGGAGAAGCGACCGUACAAUCUGUCCGCUCUUGCCGAGCGGGCUGCAACGACUAAGGAUGCCACGCUCGUGCGCAAGGGAAUCAAGGUGAAGGAGAUGCUUCGGGAGCUGGAGGAACUCAAGGUCGUCGAGGAGGCUGAUGGCUACAAGCUCAUGCAAGAGGAGGUCGCAGCCGAGCUCGUCCAUCUCGGAAACCUGCGAGAGAAAGUUGUUCUGGAGACCAAAUCACUGGAUGCAGUAUACAAGACGAUCUGCGACCACAACAACUACCUUCGCUCGCAACUGGAGCAAUACAAGGCAUAUCUUCAGAAUGUUCGAAUGACGGCUUCAAAGGACAAGAGCAGCAAUACAGCGGUCGGCGUUGUCAUGGUCGGUGGCAAGGAGAAGAAGCCUGCCAAGCCCAAUGUUCUUGGGCCGUAUCGGUUCACCCAUGCUCAAUUGGAGAAGGAGGGAAUCAUCGUCGAAAGUAAUGUUCCAGAUAAUAGGUAUGACUUUGACUUGCCACCUCGGAUCUCUGCUCACGAGAUCAGGCGCCCCAACAUCUAUUUCAAUAUAACGUCUCCGUCGCCGGGUACUUUCAUCAUUGCUUUGCACUACAAGGGUCGAGAGAAGGCGAUUCUGGAGAUGGAUCUCAAGAUUGACGAUCUCCUGGAAAAGGCGAGCCGCCAAAAAGAUAACAAGCAUCUGCUUGACUUGGAAUAUGUUCAGCUCAAUGUACCCAAAGUUCUCGGACUGCUCAAGAAGGUGUUCGCGAAGCGGUGAUUCAUCUGGUACCACAUUAUUUUUAAGACCUAUUUUGUCUGUAAUCUCCGUUGCGGACUGUUCCUAUUCGUUCUAUCUCUCUGUGUCUUUUCUCUCGGAUGUAUAUUAUCUAUGUAACUAUCUGAGACUGUUGUUUUACCAGCUUGACUCAUCUCGCGCUUCUUCUGUGAACCGAACCCUGUGCUGUGAACAGCUGCGUCUCCAUCAACACAGGAGCCGCGCCCAACGAUCAUUAUCCAAUCAUUCUCAGGCUAUUCCCCGCACUUGCACCCCCUCUUGUCGAAAACGAAUGCGCUGAGACGACCCAUGCACCUCAUCUCUCUUCUUCCCCUUCUUUCUUGCCUUCUGGGCGCUUCGGCCAGUUUGAUCUCCCCUUAUUCGCCCAGUCUCCGUCUUCGCCUUCUCUCCCGGAGUGUAGCCAGCAAUGUCUCGACUGUGGCGGGCAUUACUUCCGUCGCACUCACCGGCGACAAGCAGACGUACUACGCGGUGGCGGAAGCCGGAGGACUCAAUUUCCGUCUUGCGCUGGACACAGGAUCUUCGGACCUUUGGAUUAUGGGCUCCAGCUGUGUAUCGAGCGUGUGCAAAGGGAUACCUCAAUACCCUCUUGGGCGCUUGAGUCCGAGCUUCUCCGCUGUGAACGACAACCAGACCGCGUUCCGGGCCAGUUACGCCGACGGGACUAGUGUUUCUGGAUUCGUUGCACAGGAGAAGAUCGUGAUGGCGAAUGUGACUGUACCGAGCCAGGCGUUUGCUAUCAUCACACAGGCCAAUGUCUCCUUGUCCGAUGAUGUCAGCGGACUCAUCGGUCUGGGAUUCCCCCGGCUUUCGUCUAUUUCUAGUUCCGUGACCAACUCUACUCCUUUCUUUACUUCCCUCGCACGACAAGGCAUUCUAGACUAUCCUCUCUUCGGCCUUUCGUUGACGAAUGAUGGCGGUGGCUCGUUGACGCUGGGUGCUAUCGAUUCAGAUGUCGUGACGAAUGUCAGCGCCAUCAGCUGGAACCCAGUCGUCCAGUUCUCCCCCCAAGGAACCCAAAGCAAUGUCUCGAGUUACUUGUUUUGGGCAACACCGUUGACGUCGUUCUCUGUCGCCAACCACACGCUUAUUCCUAGCCCCACCUAUCCUCUCGCGACCGGCAACUCAUCGUUGGGCCUGUUCGAUGUCGGAAAUUCGGGAAUAUAUGGUCCAUUUCAAGACGUCGAGCGGCUUUUUUCCUUGAUCGACGGGUCGCGGAUCGUCGAUGAACGGGGGAUCUGGGCCAUUCCUUGCGACACAGCGGCGACAAUCACAUUCAGGAUAGGAUCGCAGAAUUACACGCUCAGCCCUGCCGAUUACCUGAUUGGUGCUGCAGCUGGGAACCCGCAAGUCUGUCUGUCUUGGCCACAGGCUGCGGCUCCCAGUCCAGAUGGCAUUGACUGGCAAUUCGGUACACCGUUCCUGCGGACUGUGUACUCUGUUUUCAGUCAUGGCAUCGACUCCGCGGAGGCCCCUCGUGUGGGAUUCUACUCGUUGAAGAAUGCCACCGUUGCACAACCGGCUUCGGCAUCUUUAUCGCAGUCGGCCUCUUAUGCAUCUGCAACAGUCACCAGUUCAUUUGUUCCCCAAACCAUUGCUACGACGCUUCCCAACUCGCUUCUCCCGACGCCAAUCAUACUGACACCGCCAUAUGCAUUCAACGCUUCUAUUCCAGCAUCUAUCGGGGGAAUCGUCACAACUGGACUUGCCACGAGCACAUACAGCCCCAUCCUCGCCCAGAAACAUGUGACAUCUCUGCCCUCGAUCGCAUUUCCCCCUGCGGUCACCACUAUCCUCACCACCGACGCCCGAGGUAUCACCCGCACAACUACAUCCAUCAUUUCCACGCCGCCAGUGACGCUCGGGCUUGCUGCAGGAAGGAUGUCCUCCUCGACAAGGAGCUGCUCUGUCUCCGUCUAUAACAUUGCUGUGCUUCUGUUGCUAUGCAGGACUUUAUAUCAUACAAUUUUGUAGAUAAUACACGCUACUUGCUCGACUGCUUGAACCACG